UUCGCUGCUUUAUUAAUAUUCUAUAUAUAACUCCCCUUUGCUUUUAGUCCAAAAGCUGUGCACUCUAGCUUUAGGUGAUUGGAAUUUGAGUCAUCUGACAGAGAUAUUUAAUGGAUAGACGUGGGAUGGAGGUCUUAUAUUUGCACUCUUUUCCCAUACGAAAAGUAAUAAUUAUAACAGACCGAGGAGGGCUCUGCGCAGGUAGUCAGGCUUGCAGGAAGAUUGUCCAAGAUGUCUAAUACGACUGUUAUGAGGGUGGACAUGGACUGCUACAAAUGCAAGAGAGUCGCCUUGCAUUCUGUCGCAGGAAUAGAUGGAAUAGAUAUGAUUUCUAUCAAUAUGAGGGAGAGGACCUUAACUGUGGUUGGAGAUGCUGAUCCAGUGUGUAUUCUUAAUCAGAUAAGAAAGAAAUUCAAGUGUGCUCAUCUGCUCCCACCACCACUGCCGCCCCCACUGAAACCCGAACCCGAACCCAAACCCAAACCUGAACCCAAACCCAAACCCAAACCAGAACCCAAGCCUGAACCAGAACCCAAGCCGGAACCAGCACCAGAACCAGAUCCAAAGCCCGAACCAGAAUCAGAACCAGAACCAAAACCCAAGCCAACACCGCCACCACCUACAACUAUUGUAGAGGUCCAUCAGCAGUAUAUAUGCUGUCCUAGGUAUCCUUAUUGCAUGGCGCAUGUCCCAUCAAUUGCACCUCCAGAAUAUUGUGGAUGUUCUGCAUAUCCAGGCAAAUCAGAUAUACCUUGCCCUAGGUACUAUCCUCCUACGGCUCCUUCUGAUGAAGUUGUGUAUGUGUUGACUGAGGAGAAUCAAAGUUGGUGUACCAUUUGUUAGACCAAGUAUCUUCAGCCAUUUCUACUACGGAUGAAAUUGAUUUCAUCAUCAAAAUAAGGUCUAUGAAUCACUGUUCUAUAUUUGUAUUUGGUAAGAUUUAAGUAUAUUUUGAUCUAUGUUUAGAUUUCGAAGGAUUUUGGUGUAUGAAAUUAAUUACAAUAUGUUCUAUGAAAUAGGAGUCUUGACAUACAUUCAUGCUA